CUGGUGCAGCCGAGGAGGCGACUGUGUUACCGCGGAGCCACCGGAGAGGAAGCGGCGGAGCGCGAGCUCUCGGGGAAAAAGUGUCAACAGUUUGGGGGAGACGGCUCGACCCGACGCUCGGCUCCGGGACUCGGUGGUGGCAGCGGCUCGGGGAACUUGUCAGCGGCUUCUAAGUUUGCGUUUAAAACCGGGAGGUUCGUCUCAAAGUUGAGCCGAGGUGGAGUUCUCUCAUUCAGGAUGUCGGACUGAGACAAAGGGUCUGGGGGGACAUUCCCGUCGGAGCGGUGAGCGGCACAUGUGUGGACCGCGGCGUUGCAAAGUUGAGCAGGUAACAAGUUGACUCUUGAACUCUCCUCUGGAUGGGAAAGAUGGAGAGGGAGCUGCAAUGGUGGAAAGGCCAGCUAGCUGCAGAUAUCCACCAGUCCCUCCGCAUCAAGGAGCUGAAGUUACCGGUGUACCGGGCUCACUCUCCGCAGAUUGGAAUGCGACGGUACUUCGCGGACUUGCUGGCCAUCCUCAGUAAUCGGUAUCAGCUAUGUCCUACAGCACGCCACCUGGCCGUCUACCUGCUGGACUUGUUCAUGGACCACUAUGAUGUGGCCGUCAAGCAGCUCUAUGUGAUCGCCCUCUCCUGUCUGCUCCUAGCCAGUAAAUUUGAGGAGAAAGAGGACCGGGUUCCCAAACUGGAGCAGCUGAACUCUCUGGGUUUCAUGUGCAGCCUGAACCUGGUCCUUAACAAGAAGGAUCUGAUCAAGAUGGAGCUCCUGCUGCUGGAGACCUUUGGCUGGAAUCUGUGCAUGCCCACACCCGCCCACUUUAUUGACUACUACCUCCACGCCUCUGUGCAGGAGGGCGACCUGUACAAUGGCUGGCCCCUAUCCUCCCUCUCAAAGACCAAGGCUUUCAUGGACAAAUACACUCAUUACUUUCUGGAAGUCUCAUUGCAAGAUCACGCCUUCCUGAGUUUCCGACCGUCUCAAGUCGCUUCUGCGUGUGUGGCAGCCUCUCGCAUUUGUCUGCAGAUUUCCCCAAGCUGGACGACAGCUCUGCAUCUGCUAACAGGCUACACCUGGGACCACCUCACCCAGUGCAUUGAACUUAUGCUGCUUGCUCAUGACAACGACGUAAAGGAGGCCAACAAAACCAAAUCCACUCCUCCUCACCGUCCCUCCUCCCUGCAGUCUCAGCCCCAGAUCUCACACCUCUCUCCAGUGUCAGCCAUCCAGAGACCGACCUCCUCCUCGUCCUCCACCUCUUCCACACCACAGCUGCUCUUUCAACCUGAUGGCUUCCCACACCUCUCCCAGCAUUCCCCGUCCCUAUCCCAUCUGCAAGCGCUCGCUGACUCCCAGGCUCUGGGGCCCAUGGGGAACAUGUCUCAGGAUUUCCUUCAGACCCACAGAAUGGGUUUGUUAACUGGGGUUCCCUCCCUGACUCCUGGGAGUGGGUUCGCCUCUUACCCAAGCCUGACCGCAGGUCUUCAGCCGGUAACACGUGCGCUGCCGCUCCAGGGCCCGAUUUCUGUACAGAUGGCUCUCGCAGGUGAGCCACGGCACUGUCUGAGUAUGGCCUACAGCGGGGGCUACCUGGGGGCUCAUCACAGCUUUGCAGCCGGCUGCUUUGACAGGUGACGCCAGGAGACGGAGAGAGAUCGCAAACCGCCGCGGGAGUGCACUUCUGUGCUCUCAUCCCGGCUCCCGACCCUGAAAUACCCACUCACGGACCUCCUCUCUCUCUCCGUCGGCACGGCAACACCUUCAGCACGUCCAGCCCCCCCGCCCAUCUCACAGACACGCCUCAAACGCAAGCAAAGGUCCAAAGGCAAGAUGGACCCGGUGGAAGUCAUCACACUGUCGUGACAAACGCUCCACUGGCUCAUGAAAUACUGAGGCAUUGCAAAAAUGUUAUUGCCAUACUCUGACCUGUUUUUUCUAGAUCUGUGUUAUUGUUGACUGUCAUCACUGUGAAUGAGAUGAAAGCAGCAGUGUGAUCGAACACCCACCUCAUUCAGUGCCUGAGCUCAGUUGUGUGAUAGCUGAGCCAAUUUUAGAAGUGCACAGAGCAGCAGUAUCUGGGAUAAGGAUAUCUUGCUGCUUGCUACAUGUUUUCUUCAUUUCCUAAUCCAAAUUUUUUUAUAAAUGUAAAGGGACAAAUUGGCUGGAAUUGUGUCUUGAGCCGCCAUUUAGAGGCAAGGGAAGAAGAAACAGAGGCUUGUUGCUGAUUUGGCAAGGAACGAGGCUAUGCACGUUACUGAAAUGUUUAGGUUGCGUGUCCUCAAUGUCAGCAAACAUUGAUCUAAUGUAAGCCCUGUUUGAGCUGAAGGGCCCCUCUGGGAAUUCCUCACCACAUAAGACCUCAGAGGGGACGAAGAAUUCAUUGUUUUGUUCACAGCAGGUGACGUCCGCUGCUCGAACGUGUCUGCGGUGUUUUUUCUCUCUCUCUCUCGUUCCUCUCCUCACUGUCAUUGUCAUCUCUUCUCUCCCACCUCCAAAGUCGAGCCUUGUGGCAGAGCCAUCACACACGUGUGAUAAUGUGGCUGGCAUGAAGCUGCAGGCUUUGUCGCACUAAAGUUUGAAUUUCUCCAACAUCCGCCGCUCAAAGACUUGAACACAAACCUAUGUGACUGGACCAGUGCGGUGGAGGAGACGUGGACUUUGGUUGUGUAUUGUACAUAUGAAUUGCUGCUGCCUUCUUAUGACCUGUUGGUUCUGUGUCUGUGUUAAUGACUCCAAUGUUUACAUGAACCACUAAGUAUCAGGGACUUUAACAAGAUUACUUGAAUAUGAUGCCAUUGAAACAUGCCAUAGCUUUUAUUUAUAACGACUCGUUGUUUUUUCUUGAUUUAUUUUUUAUUUGUAUACAUUUUGUUUGAUUUAGUGUAGCUUUUUUUUUUACCAACAUAGAAAAAAAAACAUUUGUUAAUAAUAUUUUUUGUACCUGUUCAUAGUAGUUGUAUUUUCCGGCUCAGGUUUAUGGCUGAAUUCGCAGCCCACUCAUUACUCUGUACUCUUAUGCUUUAAAGCGGAUGCUCCUGUAGCAUCUGUGGGGUCUGAAAUGUCCCCCUUCUUCAUCACUGGACCAUACACUGCUGACAACUCAGUACAUGAACGCACAAAAUGGUGCGCUUUGCAUGGCUGUGGAACAACCUCGUGGUCACUGCGCUCACACAAAAACCUCUGUAGCCGGUGUAAUUGCUUCCAAGAUUUCUAAAGCUGCGAUCCCCACUCUUCCACUUCCUGUUAGAGUUUAAACGCAUCCAGACUCCCGGUGCCAGUAGCUCACUAGUUACCAUGGUAAUACUUUGAAUGACUAUCCCAAGUUCCGGGAUGUCGUUAACUGAAUUGGUCUGGUAACUAACCUUUGUUUUCCUCCAUGGUUAUUAUCUUGAUUUAAUGGUCUAAAUCUCACACAUUAUUAAUUUACAAUCAUAUUUGACCAAGUGGAAAUGUUUGACAUAAUUGUAUCUAAAAAUCCCAAAAAUCCACUGAGCCCCUAAAAUAAUGUAAGCAUGUGAAAGUUUCAGGUGCACCCGUGAUAUCUGUCAGACCAGAGUGCAUUUCGGCUUUAAUGUUUCUGUGUGGAAAUGAGAGAACAGGAGUUGGUUGACUGUGGUAAACUUGGAAAGAUAUUUACAGAUUGACGUUACAGAUUGAUAACUAAAAAACAAAACAUCCAUAAGACACAAGCCAAGUCUCCUUCCAUUCAGAGUAUAAUACUCAACCUGUUACCGAUUUACAUCACUUUUCCAAAGUGAGAGUUGUAUUCGGACCAGGAGGAUACUAUGUAUAUGUGUUUUGAAUUAGGUGACUCAGCACUUUCCUCCUGGAUUUCUGCUCAUUUUGUUUUGUGAAACAUAGUUGAAGCUGGUUGUGUAAAUUAAUCUGAUUUGAAGGAGGAUUAGCUUCUGCUGUCUGACAGAUAUCACAUGCCAAAGCAAUACUUAUUUUUUUGCCAAUGUCCCCUCAUGGGCUCUGUAGAAUUCUACAUUCAACAUUUGAUACAUUUUCUCUCAGUUGACAAAUCCAUUAACCAUUUCAGCUGGAGAACGGGUUGAAACCAGCACCUGCUAAGUGUUGUUUGCUUGUUCUGGGGGAAGUCAUUCCACAAAAUAGGUUGUAUAUUUGUUGCAAUUCCUCACAGAAUUUGCUUUUCACACAGAAAGAUCUUAAGUUGACUCUCACAUUUCAAACUGUUUAUUUUGUAGACUCGAGACAUCUUACUGUGUCACAGUUGCCAUUCACAGUCGGACCUGUGCAUCUCUUAGAUAACACUACAUGAACCCCACUGAACACUAGGACACUGAGUAAUAUUAUCAUUAAUCGCCAGAUGUUUUACAGCCAGAUGUGUUUUCCCACCACAGUUUUGUUGUAUAUUUUGUAUCAUUCCCUUUUGUUUUCCUUGUACUUUAGUUAAAAGCUUUUUUCCAAUUCCCUUGACAAAUGAUGUGGUUGUGAAUAGUUUUUUUUUUUUCUUCUUCAGAGUUCAACUUGCUCUUUUCCUCAUCAUCCAUGAGCAGCUUCUCACUGAGGUGUCAAAGGUGCAAUAAGUUGUUUUUGUUUUCCUGUUUAAACUGACCACAGCCAUCACUGUCUCGUGUGCACCACUGGUUCAUCCUGUUCUAAGUUAUUUUUGAUAAUUGUGUGAUUUACCUUGCUGUAGCUUGGUUUCCUCGACAGGGCAGAGGGCUCUGAACACAAUGAAUAUGUUGCAUAUUGCAGCAACUUCCUUUGAGUGAUAGUUAUAACUGAAUGCUUGUGUCUUUUAGCUAGAGAUUUACUGGGCAUUUUUCCGUUCCUGAAAGGUGCUGAUGUCACCCACACCAAAAAAACCAACACUUGUCUAUUGUGAUAGUAAUGAAAUGACACCACAAACUCCCAAUUAAUAUUUUUGUAUGAUAUUUCUUUUUUUUUUCUUUUUUUGCCAAUCUGUAGUUUGGCUUUAUGUGACACUGAAUGAUGGAAGGAAUUCUUUUAUCAUAAUGCGUUUCAUGGAAAAAUAAACCACACCAGUGAACUGA